AUGCUGCAUGAGUUUGGUGACAGACUGGACGAUGAAAUGUACAGAACUUUCCCAUGUGAAGUGGAAGCUAUUUUGAACUCUCGACCUUUGACCCCUGUGUCAAAUGACCCUGAUGACCUUGAUCCACUCACACCAAAUCACUUACUCAUGUUGAAGUCUAACGUCUUCAUUCCUCCUCCUGGAGAUUUCAAGCAAGAUGAUAUGUAUGGAUAUAAACGCCGAAGACGAAUUCAGCAUCUUGCCAAUAUACUCUGGUCACGCUGGAGAAAGGAGUAUCUACAACAGCGACAGAAGUGGAAUCAUCCUAAACGUAACUAUCAUCUGGAUGACAUUGCAGUGUUGAAAGAUGAGUUUCUUCCGAGAGGUGCGUGGUCUAUGGGUCGCAUCACCGGAACUGAACCUGACAAAAGUGGAAUUGUCCGGAGUGUAACAGUGAAGACCAAGGACUCUGAGCUUCAGGAAGAUGCCCAUUGUAUCGAGACAUUAACAGGUCAGCAUAAAAACGACUUAUGGUUAGCUGCCAGAAGUGAAAGACUUACUUCUUCUAAAUUUGGAGAUGUUGUGUUGAUGCGCAGUGACACAAAGCCAGAUAAUCUUCUUAAAGAUAUUUGUGGCUACAGACACAUUUCUGAUGUUACUUUUUGUAAAUGGGGAACCAGUCAUGAACCUGCAGCACGCAAGGUCUAUCAAACAGCAAACAAGAACUGUGUCUGUGUGGAACAAUGUGGUCUUAUUGUUAAUCCAAAGUAUCCACACCUUGGUGCUAGCCCUGAUGGUUUGAUACAGACUGAUGAUGGACAUACUGGUGGUGUUCUUGAGAUAAAGUGUCCUGCACGCUGUGACUGGAAAUGGAUGGAGCCCAAGGAGUGUGCCAAGGAUCCUAGAUUCUACUGUUCCCUAGAUGAGAAUGACCGUGUUCGUCUUAAAGAACCGGUUUAUGUGACCUUUAAAAGGUCUCAUAGAUAUUAUUACCAAAUUCAGGGUCAAAUGGCUAUUACUGAAAGACUGUGGUGUGAUUUCAUGAUUUGGACUUUGAAUGGGUGGACUGUUGACAGAAUCAGAUUUGAUGAAAAAGUCUGGAAUGACAUGCUGCCCCAGUUGAACAAAUUUUACCUGACUAAUGUAAUUCCAGAAUUAUUCUCAAGAAGAGUGAAAAGGGGUAUUCCACUGUAUAAUUAAAUAAGAUUUCAAGUGUUCCUAUAAAUGUAUCAGUGAUUGCCUGUGCUGACCAGUUCACAUUCAUUGUUGAAACAGUAUGGCAAUGUUUAAUGAAAAAGAGUUCAUGCUUGCUUGAAAAGUGUUUGAAUACACAAGGUGAAAAUGACAAGUGCAUAUUUCUAGAAUGUUUGCCUAAAGUUCUCAAAAGAGUGUUUGAAUUCAAUGUAGCAUGUGCAGAAUACCAAUCCACUGAGUAGGUUCAAGUGCUUGAAUAUAACCAAAUAUAAAUAUUUUUUCCUAUUGUACA